AUGCAGGACGCAUAUCCGACACCCAAAGGCGGCGCAGCCCUAGUGCUGUCGUUCAAACUUGCACACAAAGUCACUCUCAUUCUCGGUUCGGGACCCCUUGCUGCAUCUAGGGCUUUCGCCGCCUUAGAAGCCGAAUCUUCUGUCAUUGUAUUGGCAAAAGGGGGUAUUGAAGCCGCCUGCGACGAGUUGCAGUGGCGUGUACGCCGGCAGCAAGUCCAAUUCGUCGACUGGGACCACCUGCCAGGGACCUCUGACCCGAACAGCGACUCGGAAACCCUCGACGCUUUCCUGGCCUCCACAUCGAGCGUCGCGCUGGCUAUUAUCACCGACACGCUCUCGACAGGUCACCGCAGGAGUCAUGAGUCGGCCGAACAGCUUUACAACGUCUUUGCAGCCCACCACAUUCCAGUCAACACCACGGACAUCCCAGAAUUCUGCGACUUCUCUUUCACGUCAACCCACCGGUUCGAACACCACGAGACGGGCGAGAAGACAGCGCUGCAAAUCGGUGUCACAACGAACGGCCAAGGGUGUCGACUGGCGGCACGUCUUCGACGGGAAAUUGUCGCAAAGCUGCCACGCGAGGUUGGGGCAGCUGUUGCGAAAGUGGGACAUAUGCGGGCGAUGGCCGUAGGGAGCGGCGGCGGCGGCGUCAAGAGCGACAAGAUCCAGGAUUCGGAGGAUGAAGCAGCGGAGGAGUUAUUCGAGGACGGUGGAGUUUUGACGCCCAACCGUCCCGUUCCGUCUAGAAGCAACUCCGAGAACGCGAUAGAGUCUAGAAAGAGGCAGAUCAAGUGGGUAGCCCAGGUCAGCGAGUACUGGCCGAUCUCGAAGCUCGCAUCGAUGUCAGUGGAGGAUAUGAAGGAGGUUCUCGCUGGAGAAGACACGGUACAGGAAGGUGCCACACAGCCGUCAUUACACUUCGAUGCCCUCUACAAACCUGGUCGGAUACUUUUGGUCGGAUCUGGCCCAGGACACCCAUCUCUCCUCACCAUCGCCACCCAUACCGCGCUCACCCAGCUGGCGGACCUGGUGUUGUCCGACAAACUCGUUCCGGAUGCCGUGUUGAAGCUUAUCCCCAAGCAUGUCCAAGUACGCAUCGCAAGAAAAUUUCCUGGAAACGCUGAAGGCGCCCAAACGGAGAUGAUGGAGGCUGCUGUCGAGGCUGCGAAACGGGGUCUGACCGUCGUCCGACAAGGAGACCCAGUCGUAUAUGGCCGUGCAGGCGAAGAGGUGCUCUACUUCCGUUCACAUGGAUUCGAGCCUCUUGUCAUCCCAGGUGUCAGCUCCGCCCUGGCUGCGCCGACUUUCGCUGGGAUCCCAGUAACGCAACGCGGAGUCGCCGAGUCGUUCAUCGUCUGCACAGGCGUCGGAAGGAAGGGCAAGGAGGUCCAGCUACCCGGAUACGAACGCGGGCGGACGCUCGUAAUCCUCAUGGGUGUUGCCCGGCUCGCACAAGUCAUCUCUGCCCUCAUAGACACAUCCGAAGAGCAGAAACGGCGCGACGGCCAUGCCUACCCCGCUCAUACGCCUAUUGCCAUCAUCGAACGUGCCUCGAUGCCCGACCAGCGUGUUAUCUCUUCAAUCCUCAAGGACAUUGUGCGGGCACUUGAGAGCAGUGGCGAACAGCGCCCGCCUGGUAUGAUGAUCAUCGGGUGGUCUGUGCUUGCCUUGCAUAGGAGCGGGGAUGUCGGGGUUCUAGAUGAGGAUGGAGAAAAGGAGGACGAGACCCGCGUCAAGAGGUGGUUAGGCGGGGACGACGCCCCUGGUUGGAGGAUCCGUGAAGGCCUCGAGACCGGGUGGGAGGACAUCUGA